CAAAAUUUUUUUUUAAAGAGCGCACACUGUGAUUGAUGAUGCAGGUCUGGCAUGGAUCGGAUCUUCAUCCAGAGACAGAGCCAGAGUCUCCUGCUUUUGAACUUCCUGGGGGGGGGGAGAAAGUGUGUGUUUUACAAUGCGUGUAUCUAAUUGGUCACAGGUUUAUACUGUAUUUGAUAAGCGUUUCUGCCCAGCCCUACUAUUUUUCUAGAUUUUUUCUUGUCAAUCGUCCACUUCAAUCGACACUUCAAUCCACAGGCGCAACAACCAGUUGUAAAUGUAUCAGAUCUAAAAUAUGGCAGAACCCUUGCACCUCCUUGAAUCUAAUGCCUCUAUGAACAAAGGCAUUGAUGAUUCCCAAGGCUCGACAAUGAAUGAAAGCCUGAAUGAAAAUGUAAGAGGUACGGGGUUCAGUGGGCCCCCCCCCAUGCCCAUGUGUAACUGUGCAAUACCCAUGGACACCAUCUAUCAGGAAGAAACAAAACGUUCUAUGGAAAACAUAAAUGGUUCUAGGACCGACCCUGCAAGUCCUGACCUACCCCCUGAUAUAAAAAAGUUUGAUAGGAAACUCCUUUUUAAUAUUGUCUCAAGAGGCUGCACGGCAGAAAUGGAGGGACUCCUGCCUUUCUUGUUGCAUAAGAAGAAGCAGCUGACAGAUGAAGAAUUUUUAGAGGUGUGUUCUGGGAAGACGUGUUUGUCCAAAGCUUUAAUGAACCUGAAAGAUGGCAAAAAUGACACCAUCCCAAUGAUAAUCGACAUUGCUGAAAAAACUUGCAAUCUGCAGCAAUUUAUUAACUUGCCAUUCAAAGAUAAGUAUUAUUAUGGCCAAACUGCUCUUCACAUAGCAAUUGAAAGGCGCUGUAAACAUUAUGUUGAGUUGCUGGUAGAGAAGGGAGCUGAUGUUCAUGCUCAGGCCUGUGGACUUUUCUUUCAACCCAAGGAUGAAGGGGGAUACUUCUACUUUGGUGAACUUCCCCUGUCCCUUGCCGCUUGUACCAACCAACCUGAUAUUGUGAAAUAUUUAAUAGAGAAUGCCCAUAAUAAGGCAGACUUAUGUCGUCAGGAUUCACGGGGUAAUACAGUUCUCCACGCCUUGGUCGCUAUUGCGGACAAUUCACAGGAAAACACCAAAUUUGUCACCGAGAUGUAUGAUCAUUUGGUCAUUAAAUAUGCAAAGUUGUGUACUAAACGUAGCUUAGAGGCCAUCCUCCACAACGCCAGCAUGUCACCUCUUAAUAUGGCAACCAAACCAGGAAAAACAGAACAGGAAGCCCUGUGCUUGGAAGCCGUCCUCAAUAAAGAAAACAUGUCACCCCUCAUGAUGGCAGCCAAACUAGGAAAAAUAGGGAUAUUCCAGCAUAUCCUCCAACUUGAAAUGAAAGAUGAAGAAGCUCGGCAUCUCUCACGGAAGUUCCGGGAUUGGAAUUAUGGCCCUGUUUAUUCUUCACUUUAUGACUUGUCUAUGUUGGAUUCUGUAUUGGAAAUCUUGGUUUAUAAGAGUACAGCUAAGAACCGCCAUGAGAUGCUGGCAGUGGAGCCCAUAAAUAAACUAUUAGAAGACAAGUGGAAAAAGUUUGGAGCUGUUUUUUUCUACCUCAGUUUUAUUGCCUACCUCAUUAACAUGAUCGUCUUCACAUUAAUUUCAUAUUACCGACCCAUGGAAGGCAAGCCCCCUUACCCUUACACAGCCACGACGGAUCACUUGAGGCUUGUAGGAGAGAUCAUUAUUCUGCUGACUGGGAUAGUCUUCUUCAUUACGAACAUGAAAGACAUAUUUAUGAAGAAGUACUCAGGAGUAAAUUCUCUAGUUACUGACGGAUGGUUCCAGCUGCUUUACUUCAUCUACUCUGUGCUGGUCAUUAUCACAGCGGCUCUGUACCUUGCUGGUGUUGAAGCUUACCUGGCCGUUAUGGUGAUUGCCCUGGUCCUGGGGUGGAUAAAUGCUUUAUAUUUUACAAGAGGCUUGAAGCUCACUGGGAUGUACAGCAUUAUGCUUCAGAAGAUCCUGUUUAAAGAUUUGUUUCGUUUUCUGCUGGUAUACUUGCUCUUUAUGGUCGGAUUCGCAUCAGCUUUGGUAUCCUUGCUGAAUCCAUGCACCAAUGAGGAGAUAUGCAAUGAUGGACAAGAAAAUUGUACUGUUCCAGAAAAUCCUUCCUGUCAACACAGCAGCACAUUCAGCAAAUUAAUGCUAGACCUCUUUACACUGGCCAUUGGGAUGGGAGACCUCGAGAUGAUCAGCCAUGCCAAGUACCCUGCCGUCUUCAUCAUUCUGUUGGUGACGUACCUCAUCAUCACCUUCAUUCUCCUCCUUAACAUGUUAAUCGCUUUAAUGGGGGAGACCGUUGGUGAUGUGUCCAAGGAAAGCAAACAGAUCUGGCAACUGCAGUGGGCUACCACAAUCCUAGAUAUAGAGAGAUAUCUUCCAGGAUUCAUGAAGAAAGCCUUCCGCUCUGGGGAAAUGGUAAUCGUUGGGAAGAAACUGAAUGGGGACCAAGAUGAACGCUGGUGUUUUAGGGUUGAUGAGGUAAACUGGUCCCACUGGAAACAGGAUAUUGCCAUUAUUAAUGAGGAUCCUGGAAGGAACAACUUACAGAGAGAUCCACCAUCUGUGGAGGAGCUUAAAUCUGUCCAACCUUCAGCAGACUCCAUGUUGCUUCCUGAAAAAAAUCCUCAAGCCCAGGCUCAUAACCAAAGAAUGAAAAUGCUCAGAGCUGGACGGAUUAUCAAAUACAAAGCUAAAUAAAUGCACAGAGUAUUGCACCCCACUACUAACUGCUUGACUUUAGCAUUGUGGUGUUUUUAAAAAAACUUUUCUCAAUACCAUUUGUGUUAUCAGAGUUCUUUCACACAGGGAAACCUGACCAAUGUAAAAAAAAGUUACAUAGCUCAACUCUUUAAAUUCCACAGAUCAUAGAUUCUAUGAAGGUACCCAAGUGCAACAGAUCAUAGAUUCUAUGUUCAGAGGCACUUUACAGAUAAAAUUCCUGUGCUUGAUGCAAGACCCCUUUAGGCAAAGAGAAGAGCUGGAUUGAUAUUGAUUCCUUGGAUCCAAUUAUCUCAUUUGCCAAUGGCAACAAUGCCCAAGUAACAAAGAUGGCCACCACCAUUCCCUCUUUAACGCUAACCACCUAGAAUUGGCCUCACACCUCCUGUGCAUAUUGUAUUCAUUGGAGCCUUCGCCAGUGAGGUCCCCCUGCUGCUCAGUGCCUUUGGAUUUGGCUGCUCUAAAAAAAAAAAAACAUCUGACCACCUAAAAAUACAUAUAUUUAAAUCAAAAAAAGUAUCUAAAUGUUACUUUCUUAAAAAAAACAUCUGACCACCUAAAAAUACAUAUAUUUAAAUCAAAAAAAGUAUCUAAAUGUUACUUUCUUUUUACCUUUUCACAGUGGUUUUUGUUUUUCGGACAGCCAUGAGCAAACUUUUUGCACACAGACAGUAUACGUUUAAUUAUAUUUUAUUGUUUUAAUGUUUACUUUAAUAGGGUUUUUUGCACUAAAAAGUUCUUUGAUCAGUGCUCACACUUCUCCUGAGCAAAGGUUUUACUGUGAAAGAAUGAUCUAUUUAUUGAGUCAUUUUCAUUGAAUUGUUUUUAAAACUA